AUGUGGAGAGAGGAAAGGAUUCAGAAAGGCAUCCCUUACAGCCAUGUAGUAUGGCUCAAACGAGGACUCAAGUUCCUCAAGGAGUUCCUGUCCCUGGUCAACUCUGGGGAAAGGGAUGUCCCUGGAGCGCUGGGUAACGCUUAUGGACGGAGUCUGCGGCAGUAUCAUGGAUGGGUUGUGCGAGGGGUCUUUGCUCUGGCCCUCCGAGCAGCGCCAUCAUACAGCAGCUUCGCGGCGGCUCUGGUGUCUAGAGAGGGGGAGGAACUGAAAGAAGGAUUCAACACAGGCAUGCACCGGGACCUGGGGGUCUACCUGCCUGCCAUGGAGAAACAACUGGCCAUCCUGGAUGCCUUGUAUGAAGAAUACAACCUGGAGUCAGAUGAGGUGGUCUGAGAGGAGGAGACGACGAGAUCCCAACUGGUGGCCUGGGAGGAGGAGACGAGAUCCCAACUGGUGGCCUGAGAGGAGGAGACGAGAUCCCAACUGGUGGCCUGGGAGGAGGAGACGAGAUCCCAACUGGUGGCCUGGGAGGAGGAGACGAGAUCCCAACUGGUGGCCUGGGAGGAGGAGACGAGAUCCCAACUGGUGGCCUGGGAGGAGGAGACGAGAUCCCAACUGGUGGCCUGGGAGGAGGAGACGAGAUCCCAACUGGUGGCCUGGGAGGAGGAGACGAGAUCCCAACUGGUGGCCUGGGAGGAGGAGACGAGAUCCCAACUGGUGGCCUGGGAGGAGGAGACGAGAUCCCAACUGGUGGCCUGGGAGGAGGAGACGAGAUCCCAACUGGUGGCCUGGGAGGAGGAGACGAGAUCCCAACUGGUGGCCUGGGAGGAGGAGACGAGAUCCCAACUGGUGGCCUGAGAGGGACACUACCAGAGGAGGAAGAGAGCCCUCAGACUCAGACCAUCUGGGAUACACUGACGAAGGAGGAGGAGGAAGUGGAGGAGGUAGAAGAGGAGAGCCCGGUCUGAGCCGCCGCAGCAGAGCGGUGGCUCUGGUGUACUUGAUGUAGUGUACAGUACUUUAGACUCCGGCUCUUUUCCCUCCUGUGACUUUCAUUAUGAACAGCUGCACCAUUGGUGGCUGAGAUUGCACAAAUAUUGACUUUUACUUUAAAUUGAGGCUGAUAUUGUUAUUGACAGCAUUAUUUGACAGCCUACAUAGGCUGCAUGUAAUGAACUGCAUACAACACUGAAGAGUAUAAUGUAGCAGUGUUUGUAUUGAUCCCUGCUGAACUCCUACACCAAUAUACUGUAUCUACAUGGAUGACCUGCGUACCACCACCAACCCACC